CUACAUCUUCCGCUUGUCCUAAUCCUCUUGCCAACAGAGUUCCUUUCUUGCCAGUAUAUUAACAUGCGUCGUUUCCACUUAAAACAAAGUCACACGUCUUUCCCUCUUACAUAACCUUCCUUUUUACAAACAUUAUUUUUAAUAAACAGCCCGUCAUUUUCUCCGAUAUUAGCUUGAUGGGUCGCAUGUGAGAUAGCGGAACAUUUACAGUGACACAAAUGUUUCACACGGACAGCAACUGUAGUACCCACCACGGCGAACAAAAUUGGUGGAACAAGCUGCCUGGAGUAUUCUAGAAAACGUGCAUCGGACAGCGAAAAAUCAUUCGCCGGGUGAAGAUCCUAUAUCGCCUCACCUGUAUUUAUUUAUCAACUGAGCAACUAUGGCGAAAUGGGGAGAAGGAGACCCUCGUUGGAUUGUGGAGGAAAGAGCAGAUGCAACAAACGUCAACAAUUGGCACUGAUGAUCUCCUUCAGGCGACAUAAUGGGCUAGUGAUGGUGAACUUGGUCCCUUGAAUUGCAGUACCUCAUCCGCUGCUUAUUCUCAACGUGGGGUAUCCGGGUGUAAUGUUCUGUGUAGACCAUACCUGACACUGCAGUCCUGCUUGUGCUCACCAGAGACCGGACUGUCAGAGGACGAUGCAUGACAGUUUUUUCUUUAUUGACGGAGCGCAACGCCACAAACUGGUCGUCUGAGAAGCUGAAGGAGCUGCUCGUGGGCAUACAGGUGGAAAACGAGCAUGGCUCUUGUGAGGUGACGGAGGUGAGCACGGUGGAGGGCGAAGCCUCCAUCAGCAACCGCAAAGGCAAGCUCAUCUUCUUCUACGAGUGGAACCUCAAGGCCAAGUGGAAAGGAAUAACAAAAACGGGGACCAAAUUCAAAGGCCAUAUAGAAAUUCCAAACCUUUCGGAUGAAAAUGACAUGGAUGACCUUGAUAUUAGCGCCACACUGAGUAAAGACCAGCCUGACACUGAGCUUCUAGCACUCAUGAGGAAGGAGGGAGCAGAGAGGGUGCGCACUGCCCUGGGCAGCUAUGUCAGCUUUCUCAAGACAGAGUUCACCCAAGGCAUGAUCCUGCCCACCGCUAACGGCAUCACCACGCAGCAGCCAUCUCAGUUUAAAGCCAAGGUGGACAAAACUCUGAUCGGUUCCAACUGCUCAAAACCUUCCGCAAACACCGGAGUGAAGAUCCCAACCUGUAAGUUCCGCAUUAGGGACAUCUUCACGACGUCCCCUGGGGAGCUGUACAGAGUCUUCCUCAACCAAGAGAUGGUGCAGGCCUUCACACAUGCACCUGCCGUGGUUGAACCUGAGAAGGGCGGGAAGUUCCACAUGAUUGGUGGCAAUGUGCUGGGAGAGUUCCAAGAGCUGGUUCCUCAGCAAAAGAUUAUAAUGAAAUGGAGGUACAACUCCUGGCCCAGUGAGCACUAUGCCACCAUCACGUUAACAUUCUCCGGCCGGGAGGGAGAGACGGAACUGAACAUUGAGUGUCGCUCUGUGCCAAAGAGCGAAGAGGAGAGGACAAAGGAGGGCUGGCACCGGUACUACCUGCAAGGCAUUAAACAGACCUUUGGCUACGGAACCCGGCUCUACUGAACAGAGCAGCUUUUUUCUUUCUUCUUUUGCUUUGGGUUUUGGUCACGCACAGAACAGAAACUCAACAUCAGAAAGUAACUGUGCUGCAGAGCCAACUUGGCACUUUCAUACUGAUUGGUUUUAAAAGAAAAGAAAAGAAAAGAAAAACUUUUUUUUUGCGUCAUUGUUUUUUAUCCUUAUGUACAGAAAGAACGGGUGAAAACUGAACUGUAGAACUUUCAAUGACAAGACAAAAGGAAGAUGGAAGAGAGUAGUUAAAUGUUCAUGAAUUAUCUCUGUUUGAGUGUGUGCAAAAUGUGUUAGUGUGUGAAUGAAAUAACUGUUUUAAUUGCAGCACAGUCUCCGUUGGCACUGGUCCUCUAUGGUCAGUGUAGGGGUAGACUGUGCCUUUGGUUCUGAAAUGCCUUGUGCAGUUCUGAGAUGUUAAGUAUGGGUUUGUUUCCUCUAUGCUUGUAACUGUAUAAAGAUGAAAACAAAGAGCAUGAAAAAAAGAAAAGUAAAGAACUUUGCAGCCACUUAAAAAUGUGUUUCAUUCUGAUGGUAAUUUAAAGGAAAGGAGCACGAAAGCAGAAUGAGUGAGCGUAUGCUGCGUCUCUGUCCGUCUCAUCCCCUCAUGUUUUCAGUAUCACUUGUCUGUGGAUUGAAUAAUGUCAUUUGUACUGAAUGUGUUUUAAAAGUGCUGACCACUGUUAAGGAAACUAAGUCCUCUGACAGGGAAUUGCUUGUGUCAAGCAGCCAUCAUUGAGAGGCAUUAGUGGGGGGCUACAUUGAAUUGCUGUGCAUUGUAAGUUGACACAUCAUGCGAUUAAGUAUUGUCUCGUAUUUCUUGAUCGGUUUGAUCUGGUGGACUCCUCGGCCAUGCCAGUGCAUUGGUUGGGUUGUCCUGGGAAGAAUUUUUUUUACCAACGCUGCUGAGAUUUAAAGUGCAGGAAAAGGAAAAACAAAAUGAGGUGUCUUCUCGCUUCCAUCUGCGUCGGAAGCGCUUCGCUUCAGAACCACGCUGCCACUUUAUUAUUUUUCUCCCACUGAAGUAUUCUCCAUUGAUAGCACAACACUUUGUAACCUGUUGAAACCUCAUCGAUUUCAUAUAAAUAAAAUCAUCCUUGCAUUCCC